AUGCCCGCAAGCGGGUACAACACACGCUGGGCGCUCUUCCUCCUGCCCAAGCUCUUCCCCAAGGGUGACACGUCGAUUCCACCUCCUGCCCUGGUGACGGUCUUCUUUGGCGCCAAUGACGCAGCACUGCCAGGGAGAACGAGCGGCAAGCAGCACGUACCGAUUCCCGAGUUCAAGGAGAAUCUGCGAGUCAUAGUCACUCACCUGCAGGCACUUGGUCCCAACGUGCGUGUGGUGCUCAUCACUCCGCCCCCUGUGGACGAGGCUGGUCGCCUGGAGUACGCCAAAGCAAUGUACGGCGAGCAGUGCAUGAAGGAACCGGAGAGGACAAAUGAGGUGACGGGCAAGUAUGCGGCGGCAGUGAGGGAGGUGGCAGAGGCGUGUGGGGGCGUGCCUCUCAUUGACCUCUGGACCGUGCUGCAGCAACAACCCAACUGGCAGGCACUGCUCAGUGAUGGGCUCCACUUGGCUCCUGCGGGAAACAAGGUGUUGUUCGAGCAGCUGUCAUUGCUUCUCCAAUCAAGUGCUGAUUGGACGCCGCCUUUGGUGCAAGAAACUAUGCCGUGGGACUUCCCUGAGCAUAUCAAUAUUGAUGGGGAAAAUCCUGGUAAUGCGUUCAAGGACUUCUAA